GAUUUGGCUCGCAAGCCGUGGACCAAAGAGGAGGACGAGCUAAUCUUGAAGCUUGUUGCCACACACGGGACCAGGAAAUGGUCCGUUAUAUCCUCCCAGCUUACUGGAAGAAGUGGAAAGCAGUGCAGGGAGAGGUUCAAGAAUCAGCUCGACCCCUCUAUCAAGAAGGAGCCAUGGUCUGCAGAAGAAGACUACGCAAUCAUACAAGCUCAAGCAGAGCUGGGCAAUCGCUGGACAGAAAUCGCAAAACGUCUUCCUGGAAGGACGGACAAUUCCAUCAAGAAUCAUUGGAACUCCACCUUGUCGCGAAAG